AUUCACAACCUUUCAUGUGUUGUCCUUGGAAGCCGUCUCUUCAUGCUUUACUAGCUUAUCAAGUAAUUAUAUGUGCAUUAUCCAAGUUUAAUCUUUUUUAAUUGGCACAAACCCAUUGGCAAGUUGGUGGUGGUGGGCUCUAAUGGCACUUUAAAUAUGAGAAAAGAUUCUCCAUUUUCUUUGUGUUACUGUAAGUACUGAAAGAGCAUUCUUCUGAGGUAGGACUGAAAAGAUCCAGGGGAAGCAACAAAACUGAACCCAAAAAAAAAAAUUCCCUUUCCUCAUUUUUAUUCCGAUAAAAAAUUUGAGCCACCGGAGACCACUACAUAUACAUCAUGAUGAUCACUGAACUCCCACAUUGAGGGGCGUCCUCAAGACUGAGUCAUCUUUGCUUGCUAAAAUGGUUUCAACUUCUCUUUCCCCUUCCAAGGAAGAGCAGACCAUCGAGAAAUGGAAAGAAGGCGAUCCCGCUCGCAGGGCCAAAUGGUGGUAUUCAACUUUCCAUACUGUCACAGCCAUGAUAGGUGCAGGUGUUCUGAGUCUUCCCUAUGCCAUGGCUUACUUAGGCUGGGGUCCAGGAACAAUGUUUCUGCUGUUAUCUUGGUGCAUGACCUUGAACACAAUGUGGCAAAUGAUACAGCUGCACGAAUGUGCUCCUGGGACUCGCUUUGAUCGCUACAUCGACCUUGGUAAACAUGCUUUUGGGCCAAAACUGGGGCCAUGGAUUGUACUGCCUCAGCAGUUGAUUGUUCAAGUUGGGUGUGAUAUCGUGUACAUGGUCACUGGAGGGAAGUGUCUAAAGAAGUUCAUGGAGAUGGCCUGCGCCACUUGCACACCAAUCAGGCAAUCUUACUGGAUUUUAAUAUUUGGUGGCAUUCACUUCUUCCUGUCCCAGCUUCCUAAUUUCAAUUCUGUGGCUGGUGUUUCAUUAGCAGCAGCAAUCAUGUCCCUCAGCUAUUCAACCAUAGCCUGGGUAGGUUGCUUGGGACAUGGUCGGAUUGACAAUGUGAGCUACGCAUACAAACACACUAGCACAGCUGACUACAUGUUUCGCGUGUUCAAUGCUUUGGGUCAAAUUUCUUUUGCAUUUGCUGGGCACGCAGUUGCGCUAGAAAUCCAGGCGACAAUUCCGUCAACUCCUGAGAAGCCUUCAAAAAUACCCAUGUGGAAAGGUGCAGUAGGUGCUUAUUUCAUCAAUGCAAUUUGCUAUUUCCCUGUGGCCCUUAUUGGUUACUGGGCUUUUGGACAAGAUGUUGAUGAUAAUGUGCUUAUGGCACUCAGAAGACCUGGCUGGCUCAUUGCCUCUGCUAAUUUAAUGGUGGUGGUUCAUGUCAUUGGCAGCUACCAGGUCUAUGCUAUGCCUGUUUUCGCGAUGCUGGAGAGGAUGAUGAUAAAAAGAUUGAACUUCCCACCAGGAAUUGCACUUAGACUUGUAACUCGAUCUGCUUAUGUAGCAUUUACGUUGUUCAUUGGAGUCACCUUCCCAUUUUUUGGAGAUCUUCUUGGUUUCUUUGGUGGAUUUGGUUUUGCUCCCACCUCAUAUUUUCUUCCUAGCAUAAUGUGGCUGAUAAUCAAGAAACCUAAGAGAUUCAGCACAAAAUGGUUUAUCAACUGGGCUUCCAUACUCAUUGGGUUGUUCAUAAUGAUAGCAUCAACAGUUGGUGGGUUCCGGAAUAUUGUCACUGAUGCCUCCACAUAUAGAUUCUAUACAUAAAUGAUGGCAAAAUGUAACUGAGUUUCAAGACUCUUCUAUUUUUCUUAGUUGCUUAUGUUAUGUCUUUGCUAAAUUAAGCAAGCAAUUAAUAAAAUGCCACUCUUUGAUCUUUUCUCUACCA